AUGGACGUGUCUGUAAUAGAGGAUCUGCAACACUUACGCCUCACCAAGGAUGAAGAAGAAGACAUCCAGAUCUCCUCCAUGAACAGAUCGGACUUAAUGGAGGAGUGUGCUCUUAGUUUAUUCGGCAAGCUCCUCACGGAUAGACAACAUAACCAGAGAGCUUUGAAAAAUACCCUCAGAGCCGCCUGGAAGAUGGGAUCAGAUCUGCGAAUCGUGGAUGUGGGAAAAAACCUUUUUCAAUUCAAGUUUAACUCAGGGUUCCAACUGGAAUGGGUUGAAAGGAACGGCCCUUGGAAUUUCGAGAACAACCUGCUUCUCCUCUGCAGAUGGAAAAAGGGUCUCUCAGCCACCAACAUCACCUUCACUCAUGCCCCUUUCUGGGUUCAAAUUUGGGGCUUGCCGUUUGAAAAUCUAUCUGAAGAUGUUGGAAAAGAUUUAGGCAACAGCUUGGGGCACUACCUCGAAACUGAUAAACGAAUGUGGCUAACGGAGCAAGCUAGAUUUCUAAGAAUCAGAGUUAAUAUCCCUCUCAACAAACCUCUCCGCCGAGGAGGUAAUAUUCUCAACUGUGAUGGGGAGAAAACCUGGGUUAAUUUUAAAUAUGAAAGGCUGCCCUCCUUUUGCUAUGUGUGUGGUUUCCUAGGUCAUGAUGAAAAGCACUGCCAAAAUGCUUCUGGUAAUCCGGAUUUCCCCAAGCAAUAUGGAGAAUGGCUGAGGGCCACAGGCAGCCAGAAAAACAGUGGGGAUAGGCAAAAAUCUUCAAAUAGUUGGAGCUUUGAAGACGACCACUCAGGCCGGUCAAGUGGCAGAUCGGCUCCAACAAGGACAAACCCAUCGGACUCUACCUCCAAACCAGGGGCACCUAUGGAAAUUCAAGUAAAUCAAGAAAGCAGAGGCUUUGCGAAGCCCCAAAACUCUGACAGAAAAGAAAGCUCACAAUCGAAUGCAGCGGAUUUCCAGGGAAAGAACAGUGAUAGUUCAAAUUUCAAACUCUCCCAGUCAGAUUCCGCCUCACGUGACAAGGAAGGGGCUGUAGGCUCAAACGCUGAAGAUAUGGAUGUAGUUUCUGAAGUGGGCCGCACCUCUAAGUCUCACCAGGAAGCCCAAGAAGUCAGUAGCCCACUCAAACCCCCCUCAAAAAGCCCAACCCGAUGCAGUAGCCCCACUCAUACACAGAAGCCCAAUUCACCUACUAAACCAUCUCAGCAGAAUGGAAAACCAAAAAUAAAAAGGAUAGCCCGUGAGAAAGGAAAGCAAGCCCACGGUGAGCAAAAAGACAAUCUCUCAGGGAAUAAAAGACCGGGUAAGUUAGUCUUUGAUGAUAAUUUAAAUGAAACUCAUCCUCCAAAAAGACUCUGUGACAUGCUUCCACAAAUCUCUGAGCAUACUCUCGCAUUAUCGGCGGUAGCUGCUAAGCAGCACCGCCGGGCACAAUGA